AUGAGCAGUUUCGAAAUCGUCACGUUCCCUGUGGUGGUGGCCCAUUCUCGGCAUCGCCUCAACACUGGAAGGACAUCAUCCCACGUGGGGGAAUUCACUCGCCACGGCAAGACAGAGCAGGCAAGAAGUAAAGUGGAUAAUAAACCUCCACGUGCCCAGACCCACCAGUACUUCAAGGUCUCCAAGAUACAGAAGUUAAAACUUCCCAAGAUUGUGGAGCAAGAUAGCACGGAGAAGCCAAAUGUACCUGUGAAACUAGACAAUGAGGCCCAGAAGAAAAUCGAGGUGAUUGAAAGAGAGAACAAGGCCCUCUCUACACGUCUAGCUAAUAUAUAUCGUGGAUCAGGCAUGGUAGACUGCUGGAAUGAGUACCAAAAGAAGAGUUCAUUCCGGCAAAAGCAGAAUAUAGAAAUCGUGAGGAUUACCCUGGAGAACCAGGGGAUCCUUAAGAGGAUCAAAGAAAGGAAGCCAACUUAUGACCGGAAGCAAACUGAGUUAGAAUGGCAGAAUUCGAGGAAAUACCUGAGGAAGAGCACCUGUUUCCUAAUCUCAAACCGUGAGAAGCUAGGCUGUGCGAGGAAUAACAAGUCAUUUGGAGCUGUUCGAAACAUUAGAGUCAGUUGA